UCACCAGGCGUCGCUGAUUGGCGGAGGCGGGGAUCCGGCGGCCGUGAGUCGGGCGGCCUGACUGGAGAUCUUUUCAUUACCUUCGGGCGCCAGAAUCCAUUAGAUCAUAACAUCCCUAAACGAGUGGGUCACCGGAACUCAGAAUCCAGAGGCUUACCACAUCCCUAAAUUAGUGGGUCACCAAGACUCAGAAUCCAGUGGGUCACAGGGAUCCAGUGGGUUACACGAACAUAAAUCAGCGGGUCUCUGGGACCCAGAAUCCAGUGGGUCACCAGCGCCCUAAAUCAGUGUGUCAUUGGGAUCCAGAAUCCAGUGGGUCAUUGCAAGCCAGAUUCCAGUUGGUAAUUGUGAUCCACAGUUUGGUCAGUCAUUGUGGCUCAAAGGUAAUCGGGAUUCUAAGGGUCAGUGAGUCAUCACGGUCCUAAAUGCUGAGGGUCAUCAGGAUCUUAAAUCCAGUGGGUCAUUGGGUUCCUCAGCCCCAGUGGGUAAUCUGAAUUCAGAGUCCCAGUGGGUCAUAGGGUUGGUGGUUGUCAGCCUGGGCUGCUGCGGUGGUUAAUGGCAGGGUUUGGGGUUGGCUUGUUUUGUUUGGAUUGUACUGAGGGACACGAGGAGCCACAGCGAUGAAGUGUCUGCUGAUUGCCAGCGAGAGUGCCCAGGUGCUCUUUUACUGGACGGACCUGGAAUUUGAAGUGAGCCUGAGGCAGCGGUUCGAGAAUUUGCUGGAGCAACACAGAGAGAUGUCUCCAGCCUUUGAAGACAGCAUAAACACACUAUUUGCACCACUUCUCAUUUCCUGCAUUACCCUGAAUGAGAAGAUCUCAGACACAUACACUUCUUUUGUUAGUGAGAAUAACUACCUCUUUGUACUGCACCAGUUUGGGGAGUGCACAUAUGUCGCAGUGAAUGGAGAUGGUUCAGAGAGUGAAGAUGAUUUGAGACGGAAGAUUUUUGUGUUGAAGAAGAUUAUUGAUGUAUGCUUUGGACUGGUAACUCUGGAUACAAGUAUCCUUAAGAAAAAAUUGAGACCACAAGAUACAGAACAACGGUUGAAGGUUUGGAAGAUGUUGCAAAAUCUGUUAAUUACUUACAGCCAUCUGAGGGAGGAAGACCAGAGUUUCCUUGUGGAGGCUGUGGAGCGACUGAUCCACCCUCAGUUAUGCGAACAGUGCAUUGAGUUUUUGGAUCGACAGGUAGUCCAGCAGAUAAACAGCAGCAUGGAGAGGGCGAAUGAGGAAGUGGUGCACACUUUUAUCCUAGUACACACUAAACUUCUGGCAUUCUUUUCAAGCCGUAAUGCCAGCUCCCUGAGAACUUCAGACUUGCUAUUACUCAUUCUGAUUGCACAAGAUCUAUGCCCAAGUGACAGUGACUUAGAAGCUCUGACUGUCAAGGAUCUGGAGAAUACCCCAGAAAAUGAAGAGGUUUAUGCUACUGAAUUGUCACCUGGUGCACAUGGAGAAGAAGAGUCAGUGGAGAGCAGUUCAUGUACAUCCCAGUUCACCGACUCCAUUGUCCAGGUUACAGAAGAGACCCUGCAGGCAUCACUUCCUUUCAGGGGUUUUGUCCCCAAACGAGUUUUCCUUGAUGCCAGUCUAAAGGAUAAUUACUGCCCCAUGAUGCCUCACAACAUGUACUGCUUAUCCCUGUGGCCCGGGAUCUCUCUGGUUCUGCUUACGAAGGUGUCGUCCAGUCACGUUGCAGCAUCUCUGUAUCACCUGUUGGAUGCAUUCACUGUUCUAGAGGCCAAGCUAAGUGAUGGACAGGAGCUUGGUCACUCUUCUCGCGUCUACCCUAACAUGCCUGACCUCCGUCAGAGGAUGGAGAAGUUUGUAAAGGCUGUCGGAGCCCAGAAACACCAGUUGCAAUCUGCCUGGGCGGACUUCAAGAACAAAGCAUUUUCCAAAUCUGAUGCUGGAAAUUCUCAAGAACUCUUACAAGCCUGUCGGAAUGUGAAGAGCCAGCUGUGCUUGGUGUAUCAGCAGUACUUCUUGUUGAAGCCUGCAGGCGACUCGCAGCACUUAUCUCUGAACCUACAAACCAAGACACUAAAAAUUGUUCAAGAGAAGCUGAUGGACUGGAAGGAUUUUCUUUUGGUCAAGAGCAAGAGGAACACUACAGUGAUCUCCUAUCUGAAAGAUUUCCCAGGACUCAUUCAUUUCAUUUAUGUGGAUCGGACAAUUGGUCAAAUGAUUGCACCUUCACUAAAUGUGUCAGAAAAAUCCACAGAGCUGGGGAAAGGACCGUUGGCUUCAUUCAUCAAAAGCAAGGUAUGGUCCCUGGUUGGUAUGGGGCGCCGGUAUUUACAGAAGGGAUACACCACGCUCACUUUCCGUGACGGAGACUACUACUGCUGCUAUUUCCUUUGGUUUGAGAAUGAAAGUGGAUACAAGUUGCCAGUUAUAGAGCUGCCGGUGCUAUCUGAUGACUCUGCUCCUAUUGGGAUUUUGACUGGUGAUUAUUACAGGAAGCUACUGCGAUAUUACGGCAAGAACCACAGCUUGGAGGUGAUCAAGUGCUUUGAGCUUCUCACUAUCCACCUGGGUGUCAUUCCUACAGAGUUCAUCAUUCAGCAGUGCUCUGACCUGGCACGCAGAUUAUGGGAGCCCUCGCGCAUCCCACUCCUUUAAACAGCAGGGCAGAGAUCAUGGAAGCUUGGAGAAUGGGCAUCUGUGUUGGUGAAAUCAGAUGCUAAUGGGAAGGACAAACACUCAGAAAGAACUGCUACAGAUGGGAGAUAGUGCUGCAUAUUUGAAUUGGGGGCCACAAUAAGCUCAGGGGACAGUGGCAGGUGUAACCCUCCGGCCUGCAGUCAAGUAAGCUUCAAGCUUUUGAAAUCCAGUUGGCUCCUGUGUCUCGAUUAUGAGAUUCCCCCACCCCCUACCUUGCUGCAAGUCCCAUCUGAGUUUCAAAUCCUUUCUCUGUGGCUAGUGCAGUUUAGAAGAACAUGAGAAGUGGGAAUGGAUUGAAUUCAUUUUUGAUGGAACUUUACCAUUUAGCGUUUUGGGUGAGCAUAUGGAGGAAGGCCAGAAUGGGAACCAGUACAUGAUUUUGGGUUGUUUGGUCUCAUAUUCACCAGCCAGAUUAUUGCCAUUGUCGUUAGAUUUCUGCCCUCCGAGGUGGAGAUGCACCUUCCUUCACAUUCAAGCGUACAAACAACAUGUUUUUAUUUUAUGACGCAUGAUCUGUGAUGAGUAGCUCACUUCAGUGGGAUGGCAGCUGUUUGCCUCAUUGGGUCCUGGGCUAGGAAAAGUAGAACUGGUUAAACCCUCUGUCACCUGAUGUGAGCUUCAGGAAGUAAGUGUUAGGGGUUAGUAACUAGAUUUCGGUUCACUGCUUCAUGCCAUAAAGAUUAAAAAUCCAUCUUGGUUUGUGGAUAUUAGUCUUUCAGAGCAGGCAGACUUAAAAGUGUAAAGAUAAUGGGGACUGCAGGUGCUGGAGAAUCCAAGAUAACAAAGUGUGGAGCUGGAUGAACACAGCAGGCCAAGCAGCAUCUCAGGAGCACAAAUGAUGAAGGGUCUAGGCCUGAAACGUCAGCUUUUGUGCUCCUGCGAUGCUGCUUGGCCUGCUGUCUUCAUCCAGCUUCUCACUUUGUUAGACUUAAAAGUGUAUCCCAGCAGGAUACAGGAACAGUGGUGGGGCCAGGGCUAUGGGUAUGAUAGGGAGAUAAUAAUGAAGAUUAAGCUGGUAAAGCACUUACAAUGUGGAUCUUUGCUACUAUGUGGAGAAGAUCAAGUGGAUAACAUGGAUAUAUUCAGGGGGGAAAAUUGGACAAAUACAUGAAUGAGAAAGAAAUAGAAAGAUAAGUUAACACGGUGAGGUGGUAAAAGCUCAUGUGGAGAAUAAACACCAGCAUGGACCAUUUGAGCCAAGUGGCUCUUACUGUGCUGUUAAUUCUGCUUACUGACUUGUCAUUGAGUAGAGAUGUACACUACUUUCACUGAAUAGAUUAAUGCUUUUAAUUUCUUUUGCUGAAAGCAUUACCAGUAUAUAAAAUAAAAUAUGCAAUGUCAAAAUCAAAACAAUAAACACUGGAAGAUUUCAGCAAGU